CCAACUUUCUUAACAUUUUUCUCUGAUCAUGUUCUGAGUUUCUCCCUGUGAAUGUAGAUAAUCCAAAACAUACCUGACCUGUGACUCACAUUAGAUUCAAGUUACACGACUGCCCACAAGACUGCAUCAUUCUGGGAAAGGCAGCAUUCAUUAUUAAGAAAUAAACAGCAGAACGUUCUGGCCAAAGGGUUUCUCAAGAUGAAACAGUCAUGCUUCCUACAGUAUGUGGCUAUCAUUUCAGCUGUCUUUGGCCCACUUAGCUUGGCACUGGAAAGCUGUCUCCAAGAACAGCUACGGCUACAAGCCCAAGUGAGACUUUUGGAGCAUCAGGUGAAAGUGCAACAAAUAAAAAUUCAGAAUCUGCUGCAAGAUAAGGAACUUCAGUUAAUGGACAGAGGAGAUGAAAACAGAGUUGUUAAUCUGCCUGAAAGAAGGGUUUAUGCAGAUUGUGCAGAGAUCUAUAAUGAUGGGCAUAAGCAGAGUGCAUUCUACAAGAUAAAGCCUUUGCAGAGCACAGACCCAUUCUAUGCUUAUUGUGACAUGUCUGAGGGAGGAGGCUGGACUGUUUUUCAGAGGCGCUCUGAUGGAAGCCAGGACUUUAAUAGGAACUGGACUGAUUACAAGCAAGGAUUUGGUGAUUUUACUUCUGCAAAAGGCGAAUACUGGCUUGGCAAUGAAAACCUGCAUUACCUGACAUUACAAGGAGAUUAUAUCCUUAGAGCUGAACUUGUGGAUUUUGAAGGACAAAGACGAUUUGCACAGUACAAAAGUUUCAGUGUUGGUAAUGAAGAGACCUCAUAUCAAAUGAGCUGUGGCGAGUACACCGGUACAGCUGGAGAUUCCAUUACUGCAGGCUUUAACCCAGAAGUCAAGUGGUGGGCAAACCUCAGUGGGAUGAAGUUCAGUACUCGAGACAGAGACAAUGAUAAUUAUGAGGGAAACUGCGCUGAGGAGGACAAAGGAGGCUGGUGGUUUAACAGGUGCCACGCUGCCAACCCAAAUGGUUUCUACUACAAGGGACCAUACACAUCUAAAACGGAUGAUGGCAUUGUCUGGUAUACAUGGCAUGGAUGGUGGUAUUCCCUCAAAUCUGUUACCAUGAAGUUAAGAUCUGCUAGUUUCGAACCAAAUGUUGUUUAGAUUGUUUUGAGAAUGGAAACUCUAUUGAGAUAUUAUGGGACCUAUUUAAAAUCAAAUAAUCCAUAACCCUUGUUUAAAUCUGAUUUCAUUUUCACAUAUUUCCUCAUAAAAUCUCCUUCCUCUCAGGAUGAGUGGGAAUUAGCACAUUGGUUUCAAAAGCUAAAGCAUACUAUUCUCAACAGAACAGUACAGUGCACUAUAGAUAUUCCUACUCCACUAAGGUGCUACUGCCAUAAGUCGGAUUGAGAAGGGGUGGCAAAAGGCUGCUCCUGGUAACUUCAAAAGAUGAAAUUCCCAUUUCUAAAACAGAAUUUUGUCUUCUCUAGUGUAGAGGGAACUAGUGCAUCCACCAGGCCGCCUCAGGGUGGAACUUAACCGAGACAUCCCUAAAGCCACAAUUGAAUCAAGCAAUAUAUAUAAAGGGUUGUUGUUAUGACCCUGGAUGCAAGUGUUAAAGCACUAAGGGCAGAAAAUUCUCCCCUUAGUGCUCAUUUAAAAAGUACUAGAAAGUGGCUGCAAUUUGCACCUAGCACAAAAUUGGUAGUUCAUCAAUAGGAGUAGAGCACAGCAUCAACAGCAAUGACACACAUGGGUGUGGGAGAACCAUUUCAAUAUGAGUCGUUCUAUCCACACCUCAUGAAUACAGGGCUGCUGAGCAGAAGCAGCACAGUAUUCACUGGACACAAAAAGGCAAUUCAGAAAAGGCAGUCAGGGUAAUAACAUGACAGUUUUCACCAUUUUUUGUGCUUUGUACCCUGCCAAGCACUUUAUAAACGCCCCCUAUCCUGUCGUCUUAUAAGCAAUGCAAUAAUCAAAUUCUGCAUAUUUUACAAAUUCACCCUAUCACCACUGUGACUGUAUAGAUGAUAAAACCACAUUUCAGUAAUGUUGUAAUCUUAAGCUAAGCAUUACGUAGUCACUUUGUAUGUUAUAAUUACACUGGAAAAGAACAAAUAAAGCGAAACAACACAAAA